AUGGAAGGAUUUCAUACGAGUGUGGUUUUUAUCGUGCUUUGGUUUUGUUGUUCGCUCUGCAUCAACUUCACCUGUGCGAACGGAGAUAUGAAAAAGCCAAGUGGUUUGAUUGUCGCCGGUCUUGUUCCCGUGCAUCAGAGGGAAACAGGAGACUCGUGUGUUAAACCUAACUUACGAGGCAUCUUGACGGUCGAGGCCAUUUUAUUUGCUGUGGACGAAAUCAACAAGAAGAAAAUUGUUUCCCUCAACCAAUCACUAGGUUAUGAUAUUAGGGACACUUGUCCUCGGGCGGAUGAAGCGGCCAUGGACCUGGUGGUGAAUUCUCACCGACCUAAAGACCAGUUUCUAGCUGCAGCUGUGGGCGAUCUACCUCAGAAACGUGACGAUACCGACGCAUUUUACCGCGCACUGAUGAUCCUGUUCUCCGAUCAAACGCCACACAUGAGCUGCAUCGCUUCCACUUACCGAGUCGAGAGAAAGACCGAUCUUAUAUCUCGCACAGAAUUUAUAUUUCAUGCUAUCGCGAGGGACAGAUCCAACCUUAGGGCGAUUGUUCAUCUCGCAGCGCGAUUAAACUGGACAUAUGUUGGAGUAGUGUACAACGACAGCCCUGUGGGAAAGUAUACAGCAGACCUUCUUGAACAAGAGGCCUUGGAUAAAUUUGUCUGUAUCGGUAAAAAGUAUUCGUUGGCAUCAAAUGCGAGCGGCACACAAGUCAAGACAUUUAUCAGUUCUCUGAAAGCUGAGAAAAAUUUUUCGGUGGUUGUAAUGUUGACUUCAAAAGAUCUUUUCAAGAGCAUCAUUGACGAAGCAUUUAAGCAGAAAAUUAACGAUUUAACGUGGAUCGGAACCGAUUCGUCAUGGGACAACGCGGCCAAAUUUUCGAUCGAAAAUACAGCAGCUCAAGGAAUGUUUAGAGUAGGUGCGUCCGCAGUGAUUGGAAAAUUUAAAGCUCAUCUUCAACAAUUGAUGUCAAAUCCUGGCCGCAACGCAUGGAUUAUGGACAUCGUGUCCUUAGGUCCGGCUUCUCCCGAACCAGCCACGAAACUUAUUGUGAAAACUACAACCAGUCCACCGACCCAGCCGCCUGCAGUUACCACUCCGCCAAAGAGUAAUUCCUCUAACUCCACCAAAAAUAGUACGGAGCCUCCAUCUACAGUUCCGCCUGCACCGUCCACAUCAGCCCCGACCACUACUAUCCCUUCUGUGGUACCCACCGCUGUCCAUUUGAACAAGACUUCGCUGGAACAGCUUGUGACUGAGUUAAAGUCGAUGGCAUACAGUGCCACCUGCACUAUUGAUUCUAUUUUUGCCGUGGCUCAUGCACUUUCUGCACGUGAAAAGUGCAAAACUAACUGCCCAGAAAAGCACGACUUUCACAAGUUCAUCAAGAAUGUAAAUUUCACGAGCCUUAGUGGUCAAAGGAUACGUUUCGACCGUCAGAGAAACUUAAAAGAUGUUGAAUACAAAAUCGAAAUCCUUCAGAAAACUGGAAAUGGAUCGGCCAUGUCAGCUCGAGAUAAGACAUACCUUAAGCUCAAUUCUGUUGGCACUUGGAAGCAAUCGGGCACAGAAAACCCAGAACUGACUUUGCGAUCUUUGACAGAGAUCCAAUGGAAUACAAAGGAAACCAGUGUACCGAAAUCCAUCUGCCACGAUCCAUGCAAACCUGGAAAGUACAAGGCCUUGAAGAAAACCCGAGGCGAGUCCGAGUGUUGUUGGCACUGCUUACCAUGUACAGAAAAUUCCAUCAGCACAGAGGGCGAUUCAGUAAAAUGCAUUCCUUGUCUACCGGGGUCCACGGCCAACGCUGCAAAGACUGAAUGCAUCACUCACUUUGAAGACUACGUUUAUUGGAGCGACGCUGGCAGUCUGGUUAUGUUGUUCAUCAUGGUGGCAGGAAUGUGUUUUAGCAUUUACGUUGCAGUAGUGCUGUUCAAGAACAGAGGCACGCCUGUGAUGCGUCGAGCCAGGAAUGCUAUGUUAGUUCUGUUGCCUUUUGUUAUUAUUCUCUUCUUGAUUCCAGUCCCCCUCCUCAGUAAACCCAGCGCCUCCUCCUGUGAGGGUUAUCGAGGGUUCUUCAUCAUAGCACUUGGUAUUCCCUUAGCUGCCCUAAUAGCUAGAAGCAUAUUUGUUGACAACCGGUACUACGACCCGGAAGGUCAAAUCAAGGAGAGUUGGGGACAGUGCAUUUGUACGCCGCGUAUAUUGUUUGCCAUAGCAACAGUUCUCAUCCACAUAGGUGUUAUAAUUGUCAUAGCGAUUUUUCUGCCAAACGAAAUUUUACGCCACCCUACGGAUGACCCUUUCACUGUGUACAUCGAGUGUUCCAUCCAUGAGGGAUUUGGUUUUUUGGUCGUCAUUUUCUACAUCAUGGCGGUGGCCACCGUGUAUUCAAUUAUGUCCAUGAGCGAGGAGAUCUCCCCCGAGAAUGACAUGGAGGUGCGCUGGACGUCGCUUUGCAUGUUCAAUUGGUACGUGAUCUGUUUCCUCUACGUCACCAUUAACUACGGCGUAAAUGGAAAAGGAAAGAUUUUUGGCUUGGCCUUUGUGGAUUUCCUAUUCGCUGUCAACAUCUUGGGUUGUAUCUACCUCCCUAAGUGGUACGUGAUCUUGUUUCAACCGGAGAAGAACCAAGCAGACGUCUCACCUUGGACCAUGUACGUUAAAACGCAGGAGAAAGUGUCGGUGCGUUUGACAGAAGAGGAUUCCCCUGUGUUACCAAAACGUAACCUUCUAGCCAGUACAGCCAACGACUCUACUAAAGGACACAACGACGUGGACGUUGACAAUAAUGAAUCCAGAGGCCUCAUUUAUGAUACUAAGGAUACGGAUGUGUAA